AUGAUAACAGUGUUGAUAACGGUAACGGUAACAGUGACGGUAUUGGUAACAGUGAUGGUGAUGAUAACGAUGACGGUGAUGGUGACAGUAACGGCGACGGUGACGGUGACAGUAACGGCAACGGUGACGGUGACAGUGACAGUAACGAUGAUUCCGGUGAUGUUCACGGUAACGGUAAUGAUAACAAUAACGGUGAUGAUGACUGUAACAGUAAUGGUAAUAGUGACGAUCACGUUAAUGGUGAUGGUAACGGUCACAGUAUCGGUAACAGUCAUAGUAAUGAUGAGAGUAACAAACGAUGAUGGUAAUAGUGACGAUGACGGUGACAGUAAUGGUUAUGGUAAAAAUUAUAGUGACGGUGAUGAUAAUGGUCAUGGUAACGGUGAUGAUAACAAUAUCGAAGACGGUAACAGUAAUGGUAAUAGUGACGAUAACGAUAACGGUGAAGGUGACGGUGACAGUAACGAUGACAGUUGUGGUGACAGUGAUAGUAAUGACGAUUAUGGUGAUGGUCACGAUAAUGACAACGGUAACAAUAACGGUGACGGUGACGAUGACUAUAAUGGUGACGGUAACAGUGAUAGUAACGGUAAAGGUGACGGUAACGGUCAUUAUAUUGGUAAUAGUCAUUGUAAUGAUGAGAGUAACAGUAACAGUAACAGUCAUUGUAUCGGUAACAGUCAUAGUAAUUAUGAGAGUAACGGUAACUAUGACAGUAAUAGUGACGGUGACAGUAACGAUUAUGGUAACAAUUAUAAUGACGGUGAUGAUAACAAUAUCGAAGACGAUAACAGUAACAGUAACGAUAACAGUAAUGAUAACGAUAACGGUGACGGUGACGGUGACAGUAACAACGACAGUUUUGGUGACAGUGAUAGUAAUGGCGAUUACAGUGAUGGUCACGGUAACAACAACGGUAACAACAACGGUAACAAUAACGGUGACGGUGACGAUGACUGUAAUGGUGACGGUGACAGUAAUAGUAACGGUAAAGGUGACGGUAACGAUUAUUGUAUUGGUAAUAGUCAUUGUAAUGAUGAGAGUAACGGUAACGGUAACUAUCAUUGUAUCGGUAACAGUCAUAGCAAUGAUGAGAGUAACGGUAAUGGUCACGGUCAUGGUAAUGUGACGAUAAUGGUCACUAUCACAUUGACGGUGAUGAUAACGAUGACGGUAUUAGUUACGGUGAAUAACGGUAACGAUGAUGGUAACACUAACGAUUACGGUAACGGUGAUGGUAAUAGUAAUAGUAACGGUAACGGUAAUAGUCACGGUAACAGUCACGAUCACGAUGAUUGA